AUGCAGUACGACGCUUUCUUGGAAGAAUUGCUACUGCGUGAAUCUCCUCGUAGCACUCCGUCCAGGAUACAGAUGGAAUUGCCUCGAAAACGAGGUGGAAAGAGGAACAAGAUCCCGGAUUAUCCACUUUACGCUCCAUCCACGGUUGUGCGCCAGGCGCUCAUCCCAAAUGGCCCCGGGUCAUAUCCUAGUCAAGUAACUGCGCUUCACAAUAUUCCGGAAAGUCGACAACAGAAAGCCACUCGUCAACAGAGUGACAAUUGGGCUUUCAGGCUCUCAAACGCACACAAAUGGCGUGAAAUGGGAUGGAAUACGUCCUCCCCAGCUGAGUAUUCGCUUCAAGCAAACAGCAAAGAUUUCAAGCAAACAUUGGCAUACACUGAAGACUAUAUGCAGAGGCAAGAGCUGUUGAAUUCUACCGACGUAAGUACCGGAGUUGGAGCUUGCAAGUCUCCGACGAAGACCCUAUCGAAAGGAGGAUAUUUUCCUCGAUCCACCAGUUUCUCCAACACGACAACAACCGCCAGUACUCGCGGAAUUGCUGAAGUUGGCUCAGCACAGACAGAAGAAGAACGGACGCUGUUGAAGAACACCAUGUUACGAGAAGGUUUGCUGGUUAAGCUGCACGACUUGAUCAAGGCAGCGACCCCGCCGCAUUCACUGUUGCAACCACACGUGCCUCCUAAAGAACCGGUGUUCGAUGUAUCCAAGGGAACGGAGGUGCUUCAUAUCCUGCUGCAAUUACGUGACGUUGGCGUGCUUGUGGUGGAAAGUAUUCUACGCUGGCAUGAGCUUCGUGUGCGGCUGGCUCCGAUGGUUCCUCUUGUCCCGUUUCGGUUCGAGAAUCACAAUUAUUGCGUCAAGAUGUUGUCGGAUUUGAACUUUUUGAGUACCAUCAAGAGCCUGGGCACAGUGCUGGGCGUAAACCCAUCAACAAUGAAACAGAAUCCCUUCAUGAUGCCUGCACCGAUCCCCGAACGUAACUUCCAGGGGCUACGCGAGAAGUCUUGGCGAAGCUUACGGCUGUUUAGUAGCAAGGAAGACCCCGUUCAGCGGGUAGCAGAUGCUGAGAGCUAUUUAGUGUGGUGUCUGUCCAACCUCCAGGAUUUACCCGCACCUUCUCCAGUUCGCAACGGUAAUGGUGGCCACUCGCCGACACCAUCGCUUCCACACCACAAGCAAUCGUGGCAACAACGGGCCGAGAAGCAGCUUGAAGUGUUGUCCAUGCCUUUGGAAUCGUUAUCAGGUCCAACAUACGUCCAAGACUCGUCGAAAAUGAUGAAGAGGAAAGGAGUUCUGCCUUCGCUACCUCAGUCUCCGCCAAAAACACUGCGAGAACUUAUGGGGAAUACCCGCCAAAGUGAAGGCGAAGAGGAAGAUUACGGUCGUGGUGAUAACAACCGCAGCGUGAUCCUCCGAACUCGUUGGAGUGGAGAAGAUUUCUCAGCUAAUCCCGCGGAUUUUGAGGCACUUGGGGCACUCGAAGCACCGCCUCAUCACAUGGUGACGCUAGUUGCCGCAAGUGUCCUCAUCCUUCUCAGCCCAGCCGACCAACUUCCCAAAGAUUUGUCUUGGCCAUCUUGCCAGAAGAUGCUUCGACGUGGCAGGAGUUUAAUUCAGCGAGUACAAGGCUUUGAAGUGGCCGGAGUACCGGCUUUUAAAUGGAAGGCACUUGUGCCAUUCCUACAGAACGAUCACUUCCAGCCCAAGUUUCUCGCGCAAUUCUCCUGUGCUGCCAGUAGCAUGUGUGCUUGGGUAUUCUCCGUGUUGCGUGCAGCUCAGCAGCAAGACUACGAGCGUCUGGGAUUGCACACGAGUGAUGGAUUAGACGCUGUAGGAGACGAAGAUAGGCUUGAGCUGCUCUCUGAACUGGAAGUUGACUCUGCCUCAAGCCCGUCAUCCAAAAGCAGCUCUACCGUGUGGGAGUCUAGAGAGGAGAACGAAUCACAGUUACCGCCUCUGUCUCGCUCAAAGAGUGGCAAGCGUGUGAGCAUCGGAAGCGCCGAAGUCCUCUUCAUUAACGAAAACAGGCCCGUGAAGAUGACGACACCGCCCCCCAGUUCUCGUCCAUUGUCACGACGGAGCGAGAGACCUGCAAGCAAGAGCAAAUUUACUGUGUGCAGCUUGUACAGUAGUGGUCCAAGCAAUGCCCUACUGCGCACCAGUCCGUGGACAUACCGUGGCGUAGUCUACUUUGUGUCUUUUUUCCUUCAGGAGCGAUCACAACAAGUAGCAGAGAUGGAAUCAACCGAAGAGACCGACGAACGUCGUCUGAUGAUCAAGAUCUACGAGCCCAUGAGCUCCGUUGAGUCGCAGAUGUCGGUGGACACUGAGGAUUUGCGCCAGGACUUUGGCGAGGACGCGUUGGUGGCGUUCCAGACUGGACAGUAUCGCACUUUGUGCGACGUCAUGCUUCGGCAGCUCGACAAGAUGAUGGGAGCUGAUAUCGGUACGCCUGCUCCACGGACUCCACCGCAGUUUAGCGAGGACAUGGGAAACCAAGCGAGUGCGCUGGAUUUGUUGCUACAGGACUCGGUGAGCGAUCACGGCCAAGAGGAUCGACCCGAGAUCGUCGACGAACCGAUAGCAGAGGGAGUACAGUCGUCGGAACCCGAAGUAGAUGAAGAAUUUGGUGCUUUAGAGGCCUCGGUGUUGAAGAUCCAGUGUGCAGCUCGACAGCAGCUAGCUCGUGGGAAGACGAACCGCGUACGAGCUCAGAAGGAGCAGGUGGAGGAGUCAGCGUUGCGGAUUCAAUGCGCUGCGCGGCAGAAACAAGCUCGCCGAAAGGUUGAUCGCGUGAGAGCCGAGAAGAAGAUGGUUGAGACCGUGCCCGAGGGUGACGAGCUGCAAGUUGACAGCGAGGAGCCUGCACAUGCAGCCGAAGUAGAAGAACAGUCGGAGGAUGUUGCAGUGCCGGAGUCGCGACCUGGUACUGUCAUGAGUUACGCCUCUGAUCAGUUUGAAGAAGAAUUUGAGACGUAA